GCCGGAAGUCUUUGAACACGAUGAUCAUAGUAUAACUAUUUGAUGGUGACCUCGUGAGGCGCACGCAGACAAAGUUAUUCCCGGAGCCCGGCCUGCAUCGUACCAAACUCCAGCACCCACUCCAUCGGACCCUCACGAUCGUCAAAACAAUGUCACUCAAAGGGCAAAACGUGCUCAUUACCGGCGCCUCGAUGGGCAUUGGAGCCGCCAUCGCCAAAAGGCUUGCCCAAGAAGACGCGACACUUAUCCUGUUCGCCCGGUCCAAAGACAAACUCUCGCAGCUCGCGUCUGAGCUCGGCAACGAACGAGUCGUGACGGCCUCGGUCGACGUGCAGGACCACGCCGCUCUGGACUCCGCCAUCAAGGACGCAGUGCAAAAGACGGGUCCGCUCGAUGUGUUGAUCAACAACGCAGGGCUGGCGAUAGGUGCGCCGGCCGCCUUCCCGGACCUCGCCAUUACCGACAUCAUCACCAUGACCGGCACCAACAUCAACGGCUACAUGUUUGCGGCCUACGCGGCGCUCAACGCGGGCGGCAUGCGCGUGCGGGGCCGCGGAACCAUCUUGAACGUGACGUCGACCACGGGUCUUGAGGUCCCCCCGUUCCCUGGCGAGGCCGUGUACCAUGCCAGUAAGGCGGCGCAAGAGGCCUUCACCAACGUGCUGCGCACCGAGCUGCAGGACUCAAAUAUCAAGGUCUUAGCGCUGCGGCCUGGUGUUGUUGCCACCAACUUCCAUGAGCUGCGCGUCGGUUAUGACAAGAAGCAGUAUGAUGACUUCAUGGCUGGCUUUGAGCCGCUUGUCGCCGAUGAGGUCGCGGAUGCUGCUGCUUUCAUGUUGAGUCAGCCCGAAAAGGUUUCGAUCAAGGCCUUGGAUGUGGUCCCAACUGCGCAGCGGAGCUUGCAGGUGUUUGAUCGGAAGUGGAACGAGAGGCAUGGAAAGUAACUAGUUGGGCGUGCUUUGGUAGCAAAUGAAAAAUGACAUCUUGCGAACCGACAUAAGUAGAAACAAAACAAAACCGC